AUGUCUUCGGAACGAAAAUUAUCAUUCAUCGGGAUAUUCCUCCUCGGUCUUCUAUGCAUUAUUGCCUCCGAGGUCCGCCUUUACUAUAUUAUAAUACUAAAUGACAGAAAAGAUACGCCCGAUACAGCUUAUAUAGAUGUGGCGACCAAGAACACUAUCUGGUCGGUCAUCGAACCUCAUAUGUCGGUCGUGGCCGCAUGCCUUCCUGUUCUAGGACCCCUCUACAAAAGCGCAAAAAGCCCGGCUUCCAUGAUGAGGAAUCUGUGGUCUUCACUAUCCCUACAAAGCCUUUCUCUGAGGAAGACAGUAAGAGAGGAUGCAACCACCAAUGAAAAUAUAGAGCUGGACAAUAAGGACUCGCGGAGUGCGUGGCUGCGCUUAACCUCCAAUGACGGUCCCAAAAGUGACAUUAGCUACGACCCUGUGAUGUACCAGGGCGAUAUAAGGGUUGGUCAGCCGACAGCUCAUGGUAUCUUGGUGCAUGAGAGCUUGGAAUCCAAAGUUAGUAGAGCUGAAUCAGAAAGCUGGAAAGACUGA